CGUUUUGCUCAUAUCGUCCUGCAUUGCACGUAUAUCGGUUUCUGCUAAAAGAUAUUUCCUUGUGACUUCGUUUUCAGUUUCUCUCUCCUUUACUGUGGCGCCUUUUUACUCUUAUUUUACUACAAAUCUGUCUUUCGAAUGUUUCCUCUGUGCAUAAAGAUUUUCAUUUGCUAGAUUUUUUCUUCUAGCUAAUUUCAUGGUCUAAAGCCCCAAAUCCAUUUCACUGUGGCUAUUAUAUGUUCAGCUGCAAGAAAUGUUUGACUGUGGUUACAAAUCGCAGUACCUGGGCGGUCAGAGAGAGAAGUUUGUUAGGUUGGAUGACUUGGACUCUAGAUUAUCAUCACCAUCUAAUGCAGGAGUGAAUAAAUGUGGAUUUGGGAUUGAGCGAUUUAGUCAUGCAGGUCAAGGAACUGCUACAACUUCCACAUCUUUCAAGAAAGGAAUCAGAAAAGGAUCUGAGGGACUUAAGUCGAUUGGUCGGUCACUUGGAUUUGGGGUAUCUAGAGCAGUAUUUCCAGAAGAUCUUAAAGUUUCAGAGAACAAGAUAUUUGAUCCUCAAGACAAAUUUCUCCUGCUGUGCAAUAGAUUAUUUUUCAUAUCAUGUAUUCUGGCAGUAUCUGUGGACCCUCUGUUUUUUUAUCUUCCUGUUUUUAAUGAUUCGGUACAGUGUCUUGAAAUAGAUAGAAAAUUGGCAGUUACUACAACAACUUUGCGGACAAUUAUGGAUGCUUUCUAUCUUAUUCGCAUGGCUCUUCAGUUCCGAACAGCUUAUAUUGCUCCUUCUUCUCGUGUAUUUGGGCGAGGUGAACUUGUGAUAGAUCCUGCACAAAUAGCCAAGAGAUACUUGCGUCAAUAUUUCUUCAUUGAUUUUCUUUCUGUCCUUCCUAUACCGCAGAUUGUGGUUUGGAGAUUUCUGCAGAGGUCAAGCGGUUCAGAUGUUCUGAGAACAAAACAGGCCUUACUAUUUAUUAUCAUGCUUCAAUAUAUUCCUAGGUUACUUCGCAUCUUACCCUUAACUUCAGAAAUGAAAAGAACAAAAGGAGUAUUUGCAGAAACUGCAUGGGCAGGUGCUGCAUUUUAUUUGGUGUUAUACAUGCUUGCUAGUCAUGUAGUUGGUGCAUUUUGGUAUUUGUUAGCUGUAGAACGGCAAGACACAUGCUGGCAAAGGGCUUGUCAUGAUACUUCACCAUGCAGGAAAGAUUUUUUAUAUUGUGGCAAUCAGCGUAUGGAUGGUUAUACUGACUGGAGCAGCAACAGCAGUAAGGUUCUUCAGUCAAACUGUGAAGCCAAAGAGGACGGGCCAUUUGAUUAUGGAAUCUAUUUAAAUGCUUUGUCAUCUGGCAUUGCCUCAUCGAAGAAGUUCAUCCCUAAAUUCUGUUAUUCUUUGUGGUGGGGCCUUCAGAAUUUGAGUACCCUUGGCCAGGGGCUUCAAACCAGCACCUACCCUGGAGAGGUUAUAUUUUCCAUAGCAUUAGCGAUAUCUGGGCUUAUCCUUUUUGCACUUCUGAUUGGAAACAUGCAGACUUAUCUCCAGUCACUUACUAUACGAUUAGAAGAAAUGAGGGUCAAAAGGCGCGACUCAGAACAGUGGAUGCAUCAUCGAUUGCUUCCACCAGAACUGAGGGAACGGGUGAGGCGCUAUGACCAGUACAAGUGGUUAGCAACACGUGGGGUGGAUGAGGAGUAUUUGGUGCAGAGUCUACCAAAAGAUCUUAGGAGAGACAUAAAACGACACCUCUGUUUGGCAUUAGUAAGAAGGGUUCCUCUAUUUGACAAUAUGGAUGAGAGGUUACUUGAUGCCAUUUGUGAGCGACUGAAACCUUGUUUAUUUACUGAAAGUACUUAUAUAGUACGAGAAGGAGAUCCAGUAGACGAAAUGCUUUUCAUCAUACGGGGUCGUCUUGAAAGUGUAACUACAGAUGGUGGAAGGAGUGGUUUCUUCAACCGGAGUUUGCUAAAAGAAGGAGAUUUCUGUGGCGAGGAGCUUUUAACUUGGGCAUUGGAUCCUAAAUCCGGUGCUAAUCUUCCAUCUUCUACUAGAACAGUAAAAGCAUUAACAGAAGUGGAGGCUUUUGCCCUCACAGCUGACGAGUUAAAAUUUGUAGCCAGUCAAUUUAGGCGUCUUCACAGUAGACAGGUUCAACACACUUUCCGCUUUUACUCGCAGCAAUGGAGGACUUGGGCUGCAUGCUUUAUUCAAGCAGCAUGGCGACGCUAUUCCAAGAGGAAGGAGCUUCGUAAGAAGGAAGAGGAAGACGAAUUAGAAGCAGAGGAAACCCGCAGCAAUGCUAGUGGAACUUCAUAUAGUAUUGGUGCAACCUUUUUGGCUACUAGGUUUGCCGCCAAUGCUCUUCGCGGUGUUCACCGGAAUCGGAAUGCCAAGACUGCUAGGGAAUUGGUCAAACUACAGAAGCCUCCCGAGCCUGAUUUUAGUGCCGAAGAUGCAGAUUGAUUUUAUUUGUAAUUUUAUGACAACUCUUGACUAAUUACUACGUCUUUUACACCCUGGCCAGGGUAAAUGUAACAUAAAGAUCAAAUUUAUUACCUUCUUCCGUGGAAUUUCUUAGGCCUAUUCUAUUUGUUGAAAUAUUCAAAUUCUCA